GGAAUAGGCGGGGGUAUUAAAAGUUUGCGAUGCAAGGAGUUAGUCUACACUGUCCGUUGGUUAUCAAAUAAGCAUGUCACUCACUAGAAUGGAAUCACAAAAUUUAGAACAAAAUGUUCCGAGUACAAAUUCUAGUGGUGAUAGUCCGACGACACUUAUCUAUGGUUUACCAUCUCUUUUCACAUCUGAGAUUUUAUAUGACGGACCCAAACGAUGUAUACUCAAGACAAAUGUGGAUAAGAUAUCUUCUAGCGGCACUUCAAAGAAUAUGAAUGGAGGCCAUGGAACAGAUACGGAUUACACAGGAUUGUGCCACAAAGAAUGUUUUUCUGUCCCUCAUAUUCGUGAAUUAACAGACAGCACAAUAAAGGAAAAUGUGGCUAGUUCUCAAAGCAACGAAGCAAGAGGAUCUUGUGAUUCGGUGACAUGUUUUUCAGAACACGAGUUGUCCGACAUUCCUUUGAGUUCCAAUGACGAAAACAGAGUGAAUUUUGAUGUAUCAGAUAUUUCGAAACAGUUGGUUCUAUUGUCCCCUUUUUCUGGAAAAAAGUUCGCGACUAUCCGUUCAGAUAGCAAUUAUGUCCCAAUUGCGUCUAGUUUUCUAACGGAAAAGGAUAGUGCUUGUGUUCGGUCCUCGGAUGUUAUGCAGCAAAGUACGUUACAGCCAAAACAUAUCACUGUAACAAUGCCUACUGUAGAAGAUGGUCUCUCAAGUGGCAGUGACUCAGGUAGCCCGUGUCUUAUUUCAAGAUCUCACGUGAAAGACUGUUCAUUCGAUAUGCGCUCGUUUUCUGGUAGCCCUGAUUCAGUCACAGACAUUUACUGUGGGAGACCUACCAUUAAUUCAAGUUCUGAGAGUCUCGAUGGAGAGCAUUUGCUAAACCCUGCCAUAGUGAAAGAUAUUUCAAACGAUAUCAUGGAUAUUAAAAGGACUUUGGGUGCUUCUGACCACGCAAAAACAUACAUACCUACAUGUGAACAAAAUGUUGUAAAUGCCGUAAAUACGAGCAAAUCAAAAGAACAGAAUAUCAAUCCAAAAUCUCCUGACAGAGUAAAUGGCUGUCAUUGUAUUGAGAUGAAAACCGGAUUCACACCUUCAGAUGUAUCUCAUGCUAGUAAAAUCUCUUCCUCUAGCCGUAAUUGGGAUAUGUUUAAUGACCACGAUAAAGAGAAAAAUACUGUUCAGGCUGUUGUAGAAUAUACGGAUGAAGGUAUAUUUGACCAAGCUUCUUGUAAUGCUACUGAUAUUAAAAAUAAUAUUCUGGAAUCACCUACUGAUUUAUAUUCACACAAACAAAUGCACCAUUGGACAUUCCCUGCACAAGUACAUACUGUCUAUAGUUCAAGUGAAGAUGAAACUUCCCAUAGAAGUAAUACUAGUAAAUCUAUUCCUAAUAAAUCUGAAAUUAAAUCUCAUAAUAAUUCAGAUAAAGGACAAAAUACAAAAUGUUCAUCACCAUUAUCAUUUUCAUCGUUUGAGAAUUCAAAACAAAAAAGUCAGUAUAAAGCAUCAACCAAUUCAAGUCAUCCAGGUACGAUAGCAAAUAAAUUAAAUUCGAAGAGUGCAGCUCAUUCUAAUGUUAAUUCUGAUGAAGUUUAUAAGUCACCCAUUUCACGACAGUCCGAUCGUCGAGACGGGGAUUUCGACAGCGAUGAGGAUACAGCUCAACUAUUAGAUAAACAGUAUCAAGCUGAUAAACAAGUUUAUAUUCCAGAAUUGAAAGAUAAGUCUUGCAUAGAGGCUGAUCGUCAACGUAGAGUUCGAGAAGUCUCUGUUCGACAUCCUGAACAACCAGGUGUUCUCAUACAUGGAUUAUUGUUUCGAGCUCAGUAUAUGGGAAGUACUCAGAUUUUAUGUAAUAAACAAUCAACACGAAUGUCUCGUAUGCUUCAAGCUCAAGAAGUAGUGAAUCGUAUCAAGGUUAGAUAUUUAUUUUAAUACUAUUAUAUAUGCUAUAGCUACUAGCUGUCUCACAGUAGUAUUUGAUUCGUCAACAAUAUUCACCAGUGACUCUCUGCAUAUAAUAAAACCGAAAACUUGACUCGAUAUAUGAAAUCCUUAUCAAUAACGAUAUUAACAUCUUACCUGCUACAAAAGUUAGUGACUAUCUUGGCUCAGUAGCUCAGUCGAUAACAUGUUGAGCGUCUCAACUGAAAGGGACUGGAUUCGAGUCUCCGUCUGAACGCAUCAACACUGGGAUGCAGGUACAUCCAUCUGACGAGUCCAAAAUUAGAUGAAAAACGAGUUAUAAAUCUUACUGAUAGCCACAAUCCAUCUGUUCUAAAAAAAACUUGCGAAAAGUUGCUGUAUCCAGUCAAACUGUACAUGAUACAUAUAAACCUAACGAGACUCAUCGAAAUUUAAUCCUGAAUAUCAUCAAUGGAAUAAUCUCAACAUUUAUCAAUAAUGAUUUUGAGUAAGCAUGAUAAUUUUACAUUUACGUUUACAGAUCAUGUGGUUAGUUUGAGCCAUAUUGGUAAAUGCAAAGUAUUAUCUGGUUGGGACCUGCAAAAAAACCAUGACAUGGUCUGAAACUCUGGGUGACAUGGUUCAUAAACAGUUUCAGUGUCCCAAAUGCAUCCACCAUUUGUCUUCCCUUAGAUCCUUAGUUUCAAAAUUAUUUCAUACUUUUUAUUCCAUAAAUCAAUUUUCUAAUCAUAUCGUCUAUCCCUAAUCCUUUUUUUUGCAAUCAAUGAUAUUACUACUUCGCUUUUCAUCUUGAUUUCAUCUCACUGUUUUGAUUUGGUGUAACAAUUUGAAGCGGUGGACCUGAUUAGUAGAUUCCACUCUGCUUUUGACUGACAGUGACUGACAUAACAAUGUCGCUAUUAUGCAUUUUAGGAUAGAAUCAAUAUAAAAAUGGCAUUGUUUGUAUGGAUUUUUAAAGUCCAACUAUCCUGCUGUCUAGCUACAAUUGUCUCUGUCCUAAUGAAUAUAUGGGGAAAUUUUUCUCGUAACCCUGAAACAAACUAUAUGAUAAAUUAGAUAGAUGCAUGUUUUUUCGAUGUUCUGAAGUUUAGUUAUAACCGACUAAUGGGCUAUUGAGUGUUGUGACUGCAGGUUGAGAGACGUCCAUCUUUUAAAGGCAGAACAUAACUGAUGAGAAGAGGGAAACAUACACGUCAUGACCAAUGAGAUUUCAAACUAAUACUCUUCUUUUUUCCUGUUUUCUCUUUUUAAAUCCAGGGUGUAAGCUGAAAUGCAUGUUUUAUUGUUGUUGUAUCUUUGCAAAUUCGUGUUUUCUAAUAUAUGUACUCAGUGUGCAUAUUUUUGUAUCAAUAUGUAUUAGCAUUUAUUCGAGUUAUACUUACAUGUGUUUAUCAUUUCGUUCUUAGCGUAUACAAUUAUGUAGAAGAGAGAUACAUAUACACAUAUAUACUGUGUUCACCUUUAAACACUUGAGUUCACAUGAUUAUUUCUAAGUACCAGCAUUCUGCGUGCUACACCAUAACCAAUAAAACUAAAUUUGUUGAAGCCAUAAAACUCAUCAAAUUCCGAGUGAUAAGGUUAAAUGACAGUUAAAGAUCCGAGAGGAUUAGUGUAAAGAUAACCUGGUUACGGCAGAGUUGAGUAAUACUAUUAACCAAUUAUCUUCCGAUGAAAUGAUCCAAUUGAUAAAUAAGAAAAGUGAUGAUGAUCAGAGGGGAAGAUAUAUAUGGUUGUAUAUACAGGUAACGCUACCUGCGACUUUUAAACCGUCUAGUUAGUGUAGGAGAACAGAGUUGCACGGUAACUUGUGACCUAACCUAGUAAUGAUACGUGACCGAAUAUUUUCAGCUAGUUGGUAUCCAGUGAAACUGAAAACGCCAGCAUUCAUGUCGUAUGCUUACAAAGCUAUUUAAUUUAGGGAAUUAUUUACCUCUACAGAGUAGUGAAGACUAAAAUUUAUAAUAAUACUAUGUAGUCGUUAUUCUACACUUACAAAUUCGGAUAAAUUUUAUUGUUAGAUUGACUUUUGCGUAAAAUAGUGUACUUACUGUAUUUUAAAGUACAGACCAAAUCUUAAAUAUUCUUUAUAGCUGAAUGAGAUCACUACUGUGAACAUAUAUUACUGCUCGCUACAAUUUAAACUACAUGUUGGAGGGAGGUACCCACUGUCAUAUUUCUAAAUAAAGCUAACCGUAAUACUAUGUGUUCCACAUGUUUGUAAUAAUUUAAUUGCAUUUUAUUUUUUGUAUCAUCAGUAUAUGUUUGCUGUCCACGUUGUUAAUGUGACUUUUUCUCUUUGCAAAAUGUUUAAAAUAAUAUCUGCUUGAGCAUACAAUACAUUGUUAUGUACGUUUUUAUUUGCAUUUAAAAUGUAAUAAUGUUUAAUCAAGUCGUAUGUUACUAAAAUAAUCAAAAGUGUUUGAAUGACAAUGUUCAAACUGUAGUUUGACCAAAUCCUGUGACCUUUCAUUUAUUUAGCAACAUAUCGGAACUAUUCAGUGCACGAAAAUAAUACUUAUGGUCAUUGUCGUUUCGUUUUUAUACCUUCAGGCUCCAGAUGACGAAUCACAUCCUAGCGUAACAGUUGAAUUGUUUGUCUCAACAGAACGUAUUAUGAUAUUAAACAGUAAUCUUGAAGAUAUUUUGAUUGAUCAUAAAUUACGUGCAGUUUCAUAUAUUGCUGAUAUUGGCGACUUAUUUGUUCUAAUGUCACGUCGAUUAGAUCCUUCAACACAAUCAGAUGAGUCUGAAAAUUAUUUUACGUCUAAUUAUCAGAAUAAUGAACCGAAAGAAAAUUCAAAUUAUAACGCCGAUAAUAAUAAUACUGAGCAACAACACUCAGUAGUACCACCUAAUUCAAAUAUUUCCAGCGUUACAAAAUCAACAAUGAUAGAAAAAUUAAAAAGCCAAUGAAAAUGAUUUGUCAUGUGUUAGAAUCAACAGAAGCUCAAUUAAUUGCUCAAACAGUUGGACACGCAUUUCAACUUGCUUACUUAGAUUUUCUACGAGAAAAUGGUAUUGAAGAUUUAGGCAUUAUAAAACAAUUAGAUUAUGAUGAUAUUUUAAAACAACAAGAAAUAUUCUGUGAUGAACUUUCUUUAUUUUGUGAUAAAGAUAAUCAUAAAGAGGUUACUAUACCUAAACAAAAAGGUGAAUCAUUAGGUGUCGUAAUUGUAGAAUCUGGUUGGGGCAGUCUAUUACCAACUGCUUUAUUAGCUAAUAUGCAUCCAACUGGUCCAGCUGCACGAUGUGGACAACUGAAUAUCGGAAAUCAAAUUGUCGCUGUUAAUGGGCAAAGUUUAGUUGGCCUGCCACUUUUAACAUGUCAACAAAUAAUUAAGAAUUGUCGGCAAUCUACAAUCGUAAAAUUAAUGAUAAUCAGUUGUCCACCUGUUGUUGAAGUACUUAUUCGUCGUCCUAGUUUAAAUUAUCAACUUGGUUUCAGUGUACAAGAUGGUGUAAUUUGUAGUCUACUUCGUGGUGGUAUUGCUGAACGUGGUGGAAUUCGUGUAGAUCAUAGAAUUAUUGAAAUUAAUGGUGAAAGUGUAGUUGCUGUAUCACAUGAAAAAAUUGUACAACUUCUGGCUACUUCAGUUGGUGAAAUACAUAUUCGAACAAUGCCUACCUCAGUCUUCCGUCUAUUGACAGGACAAAUUAUUCCUCGGUAUAUAUGAUAAAGAGAAUUUACUUGGUUGUGUAUAUUAUACAUUUAAUCUCUUAUUUGUUGUAUCUGGAGCAUUUAUUUCUGUGAGUAUUGACAAUGUUUAUCAACCGAUGAAAUGAUCUGAUUCACAAUAUAUACAAUAAUAAUCUCAUAGGAAUUUGCAACUUGUACUCUGUUAUGUACGUACAUAUAUUGUGGGAAGUCCCAAUGAUUUCACUUCUCUUUGAACUAGGUUUUAUUUACAUAUAUAGUCAGAUGUCUUUAUAUAUAUGGUUUUGAAAAAACGCCUCCUUUAUAAAUAGACUAAUGAUGAUGGUCAUUUUAUUUUAUCUCGUGUUUUUUUGUGUUCUGUUUAUUAUUUUUUUUCUUUAAAACAUUGGGAUAAUAUUACUUAUUUUAAUAUUAAUCACACGUUAACAGGAUUGAAUAUUCGCACAGAUAAUCUAUUGUACUCAUUUAUAUAUAUAUAUAUAUAUAUAUAUAUAUAUAUAUAUAUAUAUAUAUCCGCUCCUAUUUUUCCGAUCCAUAACACAUCUGCCCAUAUACAUAAUAACAUCGUUGUCAAUUUUAAUUGAUGCACGGAAUUAUUCUCAUUUUUUCAGGUUUAUUUUUCUCCCAGAAUAAUUAUGCAUUUCUAUUUAUUAUUCUUUGUAUUAAUACCAAUUUUUCUUGAUUGUUUUUUAAAAAAAGUUAAUAUUGUGUUGUCUGCUUGCCUUGAAAAUUUUAUUUACUUUCAUCUCUAUUAAAACAAUCUCUUUCUUAUAUUUGAUUUAUUAUACAGUAUUGAAUUGGUAGUAGUUUUUACUAACGGGAAAUAAGAUUGUCUGUUUACUGUUGUUGUUCUCUCCCUCUCUUUCUCAG